AUGAGAUUUUCUUUAUUAUAUUGUAUAAUCAUACAUAUUCAAAAGGAUGUUCUUUCAAUACUUAUAUUCUCAUCUUUACAAAUUGAUCAUUGUAGAAAAUUUUUCUUAUAAGUAACUCAAUAGAAUAAGAUAUCAAUCCAUAUUAUUGUGCAUAACGAAAUCUAAGAUGAUAACGAUAAUUUAUUAGGAUUGAAAUAGAAUAAUUUGCAUUAGAAGGAUGUAGAUAAUAGAAAUUUGAAAAAACAAUUGGGAUCAUGAACAAUUUUUUUGAAUACGCUGAUUUACAUAAAUUUAAAGAGAAUUGUCUAUUGAAUAACACUCUAAGAAUUAAAGAUCUAAGUAUAAAUUUAUUAUGCAUAGUUUCAAUAUACU